AUGGGUUACCCCAUCAUCGCAUACAUUCUCUUCGUUGGCGUCAUUUUACCCUGGGUUGAAGGCCAGUUUCCCAGAGUCUGCACUGACCGGGACAGUCUGAGAGACAAGAUAUGUUGUCCUACCCCUAAAGGCUUCACUAUAGAAUGUGGUUACGAUGGAGACAGAGGAAAGUGCCAGGAAUUGACCAUUCGUGAUUGGACAUCUAGCUACAGCCAUUACCGACCGUUCCAGAUGCAUGACGAGAGACACAACUGGCCGCGUGCUCUUUACCACAAAGUCUGCAAAUGCAACGCAAACUAUGUAGGUUACGAUUGCAGCAAAUGCGCGUUUGGCUACUAUGGCAGUACCUGCACGCAGAAGAAAAAUUUGAUACGAAGGAAUUUUCUGAGCCUGACAGCCGAGGAGAAAGAUCGAUACAUGAGGUACGUCAACAUUUCCAAAUACUCAGUAAGUGACUUCGUGGUUGCGUCUACUCCUUACAAGGAGAUAAACAAAACCGUUAUGGAGGGUGGCGACCCAAAGCCCUUCUUUUAUAAUGUCACUAACUAUGACCUGUUCAUGUGGAUGCAUUACUAUGCUGCACGUGACACCAUUUUAACUCAUAAUAUCACUGAAUCUGAUAUCGACUUCGCACACGAGGGUCAGGGAUUUCCCUCAUGGCAUCGGUUGUACUUGUUGGCAUGGGAGAGAACCUUGCAGGAAAUUGGAGGAGAUGAAGAAUUUGCCCUUCCUUUCUGGGACUGGACUGAGAAUACCACUCGAUGCGAUCCCGCAAUUUGCUCUAAAGAGCUCCUUGGCGUAACAGACCAAGUUACUGGCAUUGUGAGGGGCAAAUACUUGAAUGACUGGAACGUCCUUUGCACCAGCGAACAAACCCAUGACCUAACAAGGCCGUGUAACCCUACCGAUACAAGAGCUGGAUUGAAACGGAACACAGAUGUUGAGAAGGAGAAGUAAAUGAAGGAAAAAGGAUAUGAUAUGACAUUUCCAACAAAAACAGAAGUUAACUUCGCGCUCCGUUUUGAAACCUUUGACCUCCCACCCUACAACAAAAGUUCCAGCUGCAGUUUUAGAAACAUCCUAGAGGGUUAUGCCAGCACCGAAACUGGUCGUCACCAUUUUGACGUCCACGACUUGCACAACCGGGUCCACAUAGUUCUUGGAGGAGAAAUGGCGGACGUACCUUCGGCAUCAAACGACCCGAUCUUUGCUCUUCAUCACGCGUUUGUGGAUCGUAUCUAUGAAAAAUGGUUGCGGAAGUUUAAUAAGGAUGCGAAUGUGCUAUCCACUAACGAUGCACCCAUUGGUCACAACAGAGAUGACGUCAUUGUGCCGUUGUUUCCGGUUUACACUCACCAACAGAUGUUCAAGAAAUCAUUCGAGUUCGGUUAUGAUUACCAAGACGUCGAUGAAAAAGGUGAGAAUUAA